UAUCAACUUAACACACAAAAUUACAUUGAGAACUGUUUAAUUGAAAUGGUGGAAUAACUAUGUUGACAACUUGAGAGUGAAUAAUAAAAUAAGAAAUGACUCGACGUGUUAUUUUACUUUUAAAAAUACAGUAGCAUGUAAAUAGACAAUUGAUUAGUUUUUUUAUUUUGAUAGAAUCUUCAAUCUCAAUCUGAAAGUUUCAAUAAUAUAAUAGAUCAUAUAAAGAUAAAUAUUCAAUUUAAUAUAUAAUUACUGUCAAAAAUAUCUCGUUUUAACUUGACAACGUAAUUUGUUUUUUAAAAUUUAUUUGGAUCUAAAAUUUGAACGGUAAUUCAUCACGAGGAGUGCAGCACCACCACAACUACUAGUUAUAAAUAUUGCAACCAAUAAAUGAGUAGUGUGUCAAAACACUAAAGCAAUGAGCCGAUUAUUUUUGUGUAUCACAAUGUUGCAUUGAUAUUAUUUGUUAAUCGUAAUAACAACUAUUUAUUGACAAUUAUUUAAUAAUUAUAACUGAACAAUAAGUCUACAACAACAACAACAGCAACAACAACAAUUAUUAUCUACGUAUAUUACAUCAACAAUUUUUAUUAUCAUCAUUAUUUAAAUCUACACAUGUAUAGAUAUAUUUAUAAUGUAUAAUAUUGAUAAUAUUGUAAAAAUAACAACAACAAUAAUAAAACAACAUUGAUUAGCAGCGAUGCUGAAUGUAAACUGUAAAAUUACAUUCUGUCGAUCUAAUUAUUGUUUCAAUUGUAACAAAUUAUUUUGUUAAUCAUCACGCACAUUAUAUUGUAAUAUUGUAUUACAAUUUAUUUGAAGACUAUUCAACAAGAUAUUAACAUAAUUUAAAAAUGUCAUCGGCUGAUGUGUCAAACGCUCCACCAUUUAAUAAUAACAACAACAAUGUUACAAAUAACAAUAUAAAUAAUAACAACAACAAUAUUACAAAUAAUAAUAUAAAUAUAAAUAAUAAUAGUCAAAAUGGAGGAGUUACAGAUAAUCAUAGUUUAGCUGGAGCAAUAGCGCCUGGUUUAAUAAAUCGAGCUAGAAAUAAUAACAAUCAAAAUGCAUUGUACCACAUGAGAGAUAGACUUUUUCAUGCUUUAUUUAUUAAAGCUGCUUUAGCUUAUGCUCGAACAUUUCCUAAACCUGUAAGAAGAUUAAUUGAAUUUAUAGUUUUGUUAAAGGCAAUAAUGGCAUUUUUUGUAAUGGCUUAUAUUCACAUAGUAUUUUCACGAGCACCUACCAAUUGUUUGGAGCAUAUAAGAGAUGAGUGGCCACGUGAUGGUAUUCUAAGAGUUGAAAUCUUAAGAAAUGGAGCUGAGGAUUACAGUAUAGAAAAAAGUUAUGCUAAGGAAGAAAAAUUGCGCCAAGAAAAAGUUGAUGAUUUAACUAGCGUUCUUGGAAUACUGCAAAGAGAUGGAUUUAUAAAUAUUGAACCGUCGGCUGUGGAUGAGGAACGAGUUGUAGUAGAAAGUAAUAAUGAAAAAUCUAAUAUUAAAGCAGGCGAUGAAGUAGUUGAAGCAGCUACAAUAUCCGAAACAUUUAGCAAAAAUUUAAAUAUUACCAAUGCAAGUACGAGUCCUUCUUUAUCGACAAAUAUCUGGAACAAUGGUUUUGUUACCGAAUCGAUAGACGAUCAAGAUAUUUUAACGUCAUCAAUAAAGUCAGAAAAUUUAACAAAUCAAACUGUUGAUUCUGAUUUAGAUGUUGGGAAUAAUAUUCUUCAACCUUUGAAAGAUCACGUACCCAAAGUGGAAAAAUUAGUAAGAGCAGUAUUUCCAGAAGACGAAUAUAUAGUUGAGUAUUCAUUGGAGUAUGGCUUUCUGCGAUUGUCUCCAGCGGUACGUCAAAGACUUAACAUCCCAGUUAAAAUAGUUACAUUGGAUCCACAAAAUGAUAAAUGCUUUGGAGAUGCAUUUUCGAGACUUAUUCUUGAUGAAUUACUUGGUUAUGAUGAUCUUCUUAUGGCGAGCAUUAAAACUUUAGCUGAGCAUGAAGACAACAAAGGAUUUUUACGUAAUGUUGUAACGGGUGAACACUAUCGUUUUGUAAGCAUGUGGAUGGCUCGGAGCUCAUAUUUAGCGGCAUUUUUCAUAAUGUUGGUAUUUACUGUUUCCAUUUCUAUGCUGUUGCGAUACUCACACCACCAAAUAUUUGUCUUUAUUGUUGAUCUAUUCCAGAUGCUUGAAUUCAAUGUGACGGCAUCUUUUCCAGCAGCAUCCCUGUUGGUUGUAAUUUUGGCUCUUGUUGGAAUGGAGACAAUAAUGUCGGAAUUUUUUAAUGAUACAACCACUGCAUUUUACAUUAUCCUGAUUGUUUGGAUCGCCGAUCAGUAUGACGUUAUCUGCUGUCAUACGCCAAUCACCAAGAGACACUGGUUACGAUUCUUCUAUCUUUAUCAUUUUUCAUUUUACGCUUAUCAUUAUCGAUUUAAUGGACAGUACAGCAGUCUUGCACUCGUCACAUCGUGGCUCUUCAUCCAGCACUCUAUGCUGUAUUUUUUCCAUCACUACGAGCUCCCGGUGAUACUACAGCAGGCGCAAUUGCAGCAGAUUCUCUUGCGAAAUCAUGCACCAACUGGAGGUGCUGGUGCUGGUACUGGUCAAUCUCCUGGACCAAGUACAGCAGCUACAACUCCUGGUCCGUCUCCGGCUACAACUCCUUCUUCGGACAGUCCGAGUCCUUUGACGCCGACCACAGAUCAAACCCAGCAAAAUUACAUUAAUGAACUUUCUCAGUUAGAUUUUGAUCCAAAUGAUUCCCACCAACAACUUGUAACUAAUAAUAAUUCCGGUUCUGAAGUUGCGGAAACAGUAUCAAGGCAAUUUAUUAACUUACCAACUAUUAAAGCAACUGAAAAUGAAAGGACGUCGUUGGGUGAAGCGACGACAUCUACCGAUACACAAUCAAUAGUAUCGAAAAAAUUAGAACAAGAACAAGAUAAACAAGACGCUGAUGAUGAUGAUUUGAGUAAUGACAACAAACAAGGGUCAACAUGCGAAGAAUUUGAAGUUAUUGAACCAACAGAACCACAAUCCUCUUCUAGGGAGCUUUCUCCUCAAACUGAUAUUACCCAUUAAUUGAUAGAUAGUUUUUAUUUUCUUAACUGUUAAGUUUAAUAUAAUUAAAUUAACAUUUUUUCAAAAUUUAUAUCAUUUAGCUUGUAUCAUUCAAAAAUUGUUGAUUAGAAAUUAAUUUAUUUUUAUUAUUAUAUUUUAAUAAUUGAUGUUAUUAAAAAUUUUUUUAUUUUAAGAAGCAAAAUACUUAAAUAAUUAUUGUAAUUUUGAGGUUGUCUCAAUAUGCUCGCUUUGUAUAUGAUUAAUAAAAAUAAAUAAAUAAUUUGUUAAU